AGUGAAGCAAUAAGCAAAAGACAUGUCGUUGAUAACACCAGAGAUAAAAUCUCUUAUAGAUCCAGUAGUAUCUAGUCUCAAACGUCACCAAAUAGAAGGAGACCAAGAAAUUGCCUUGGCAAUUGCCCAGUUGUUAAUGAAGGUGAUUUCGGCUGCCAGAUGGACCAAUACCUACGACUUGAUUAGCAUUAUCAGACAAGUUGGCAUCAUAAUUCACAAAGCAUAUCCUAGAAAAAUCAUACCUGGAAACAUAGUAAGACGUGUUCUUGCUUUAAUACGAGAUGAAAUUGAAACUGAACACGAAAAUACUCCUAUGAUGAGCUCAAUGUUUUCGUUGUUAUCUACUACUAAGUGUGAAGUUAGAGAAGAUCAUUCCAAAAAGCAGAUGUCAGAUAUGAGAGCAAUUAUAAUCCAAGGAAUUAGAGACUUGGUUGAUGAAAUUACAAAUGUUAGUGAAGGUCUUGAAACCAUGUGUGUUGAUUUAAUUCACGAUAAUGAAGUCUUGCUUACACCUACCCCUACUUCUGACACCGUAUUAAACUUUUUAAUUAAAGCUAGAACCAAACGUAAUUUCACAGUAUUGGUUAUGGAAAACUAUCCUAAUGAAAUUAAAAAGGCGCACCAAUUUGCCAAAACCUUGGCCCAACACAAUAUCGAGACCGUUUUGAUUCCGGAUACAACCACUUAUGCCGUCAUGUCAAGAGUUGGGAAAGUUAUAAUAGGAACCAAUGCUGUAUUUGCUAAUGGAGGAUGUUUAUCCAAUUCUGGUGUAGCCAAUGUUGUUGAAUGCGCUAAAGAACAUAAAACUCCUGUUUUUGCAGUUGGUGGAUUAUAUAAAUUGUCACCAUUAUAUCCAUUCAGUCGUGAUGAUUUGAUUGAAGUUGGUAACUCCGGACAUGUAUUAAACUAUGAUGAUUUUGAAUUGGUGGAUAAUGUUGAAGUUGUUACUAACCCAUUAGAAGAUUAUAUUCCUCCUGAACAUAUUGAUAUCUUUAUAACCAACAUUGGUGGGUUCGCUCCUUCAUUUAUUUAUAGAAUCGUGUUGGAUAAUUAUAAAGUAGAAGACAACAAAUUGGAAUAGACUCAACCUUGAUUAGAUUUAACUAUUUUAAUUAACUUUGGUUUCUUCUUGGUUACAAGGCAAGAGGGGCUAAUAACUAAACUUUGAUUCUCAGGAUUUGUAGGAGCAGCAUUUAUGGUAUUGUAGUUUGAUUUGGAUCUUUUCUUUAUAACUAAUGGUUUUGUAUGGUAGUCAUUGUCUUGAUCUAAGGACGAAUCGUGGUUAAGUCCAGCAGAUCUAGUAAUCUCUUGAUCCACUAAUGAAGUCAAUUGCUCUAGUAUUGAAAUUUGUUCAUAUUCUUCCGAUGUUCUUUCUGUGGUAUAACCGGUUGUAAGUAAUUCUUCUUCUUGCCAGGAAUUUGGUAUAUAAGUUGGAGGAUCAAUUGGCUGGAAUAGCCUUCUGAAAGAGUCCUGAAUUCUAGUAAAGAAGAUGAACCUUCUCAUGGUUAAAGAAUGCCUGUAAGAAGGAAGAGUAGUUGCAAAAAUUAGAAAACAAAAACUACAGUGCACAAAUAAAACUUAGAAAGCCAUAUUUUUAUUUAGAUAUAAAAAAACAAUACCAUAUAUAUAUAUAACAAGCAAUUGAUGACCAGCAUAUACUCGCUGUUUAUAAUUUGUUCACCUUGACACUAACAACAUUUGGCUUUUCUUCCUUGUCAGGUUCAACCUUUGGCAAAACAAGUUUAAUUGAACCACCAGUAAUAUCAGCCUUGAUAUCAUCAGGAUUGAUUGGCUUAGCAAAGAUUCUGCUACUGACAAAAGAUCUUGAAGUUGAUCUGUUUUCAUCUUUUUCUUCAUGGGAAAUUGAAAUAACCAAUUCAUUUUGUUUCUUGUGGAAAUCAAUCUUGACAUCUUCUGGGUUUAAUUUACCUUCUGGUUGAGUGAACGUGACCAAGUACUUGUCUUUUUCUUCGGUUGUUUUCAAAUCUUCAUCAAAUCCAACAAAGUACUUACCAGCAUUGAAGUUUCUCCAGAAGGAAUCAUUGAAGUCACGCAGUAAAGUAGAUUGGCCUCCCCAAGGAGUUAAACUAAUAUCAUCACCUUGAGUGAUUUGUCUUGGGUUGUAAUCAGCUGGCUUUUGAGUAGUGUAUCUUCUUGGUCUAAAGAAAAAGUCGUCGAAAUCGUCGUCAAAAAAGCGGGAAAACAUUGUGAAUAUAAUUGAUGUUUAUUGUUAUUGAAGAAG